AUGACUGACAACAAGAGUGGAUGCGCCAAAAGCUUUUCGGAUUCAUCCAUCCAUGUGGACGUGAAGGAAUACUACAGCCUCCUCAAGUCCACCUCAGACCUGAAAAGUAACGCUUGUGUAGCACCUGCCAUCCCAGUGCCCGCCUUCAUCCGCCAGGCUCUGAGCAAAGUCCACCACCACGUCUCUUCCAAGUAUUAUGGCUGUGGCCUGGUGGUGCCAGAGAGCCUGGAGGGGUGCAGGGUGCUGGACCUGGGCAGUGGCAGUGGGAGGGACUGCUACAUGCUCAGCCAGCUGGUGGGGCAGGAGGGCCAUGUGACUGGGAUUGACAUGACCCAGGACCAGCUUGAUGUGGCGACAAAAUAUCUGGACCACCACAUGAAAGAAUUUGGCUACAAAACGUCCAACGUCAGCUUUGUUCAGGGCUACAUUGAAUCACUGGCAGAGGCGGGGCUACAAAAGGACUAUUUUGACAUCAUAAUUUCAAACUGUGUCGUGAAUUUGUCUCCAGACAAGAAGAGGGUUCUGGCUGAGGCCUACAACGUCCUAAAGGACGGUGGUGAGCUGUACUUCAGCGACGUUUACAGCAGUGGAAGACUAACUGAUGAAAUAAAAAAACACAAGGUCCUUUGGGGUGAAUGCAUCGGGGGUGCUCUGUUCUGGGAGGAUCUUGUGCAAUUGGCCGAAGAAGUGGGAUUCAGCCGUCCUCGCCUGGUGACCGCCAGCACCAUCACAGUGGACAACCAAGAUCUGCAGGACAUUCUGGGUGAUUUCAAGUUUGUUUCUGCCACAUACCGUCUUUUUAAGCUCCCCAAGGCCAGCUCUAAACCAUGUCAGGUCAUCUAUAACGGAGGAAUCGCAGGUGUGGAGAGCUGCUUCCCUUUUGACUGCCAGUACACUUUCAAGGCUGAGGAAGUGAGGGAGGUUGAUGGAGAUUUGGCAAAUAUUCUGAGAUCCUCAAGGUUUGCAGAGGACUUCACUUUUGAACCAUCUGGAAAAGGACUAUGUGGAGUUGGAGCCAAGGAGAGCCUGGUGGAUCCGUUUGAACUGGUGCUGCAGCUGGAGAAACAAAGCCCUGGUUCAACCACUAGGGGGUGCUGCAGCACACAGUCUGCCUCCUGCUGCAAGUGA